UGGGGCUUGGGGCCCUGGCCGGGCCCUGCCUGUGUCAGUGGUGUCCCUGUGGGGCUCCGAGCCUCCGAAUUCGUAGCUUUCUUUAACAGAGCGACGCAAACAGAUACAGUCCGGCUGUCGAGUGUCGACCACAUAGGAAUGUCAACCAGCAAUUAUCACAAGGGAAUAGCCCACCCGGGCAUAGGUCAUCGACCCACAACGUGAAUAUGUGUGGAGGCGGUGGGCUAUAACUCCCUCCCGAGGCGACAUUAUAGCAAACACAGCACUGCUGGUGGAGCCAAAUAGAUGGUUUCUGUUGGAAGAAAGUUUUGUGUGCAACCACUGAGAAAUAACUAACAACAAUGAAUGUCAAUCUGUACUGGGAGCACAGUGUUAAGUGUGAAUUUUGUGAAGCAACUUUUGACAACCAGGACACAUUGAAGCAGCAUUUGAGACUUCAUUCCCGUAGAAAACCCUAUAAAUGUGAUGAAUGUGGAGCAAAAUUUUCUUAUAAUAGCACCUUAGAAUGGCACAAAAAAAGCCACACUGGGGAGAUGCCAUUUAAAUGUGAUGAGUGUGGUGCACAGUUUCUGCAAAACAGCAUGUUAGUUUGGCAUAAAAGGAAACAUAGAAUGGGAGAAAGUUCACAGAACUCUGCCCUUGUAGUGAACAUGGCUAAUAUUUAUCAUCAACAGAAUGUGCCUACCUUUCCCAACUUUUUUAGUUUACCAAGCUUGGUAAAUACUGCCAAUACUGUGCCUGCAAAUGUUGUGGCUACAUGCUCUACAGGCCCUAUAAGCAGUAUUGCAGCCCCUUCACAUCUUCAUCUGACUAACUGUCUUUCUCCUCAACCUCUUGUUGCUACAAAUUCUUCACAGCAAGAAAUGCAAACAGAUGCAACAGGCAAAAGGAAGCUAGAAAUAGAAGAAGGGACAUUUCGGUGUGAUAUAUGUGGUACAGUGUUAUUGCACAGUUCUGAUUUAAGAGCUCAUAUGCAUACCAAGCAUAACAUGGGUGAAAAUAAUCCUUUUCAUAUUCUUGCUAGACAGCAACAAGUGAAUGGAGAGUUCAUACGAAAAAAAAUAAUUGUAGAAAAGCCUUACAAGUGUGAUCUUUGUGGUGCAGGUUUUAAUACUGAAGGUCAUCUGAAAAGUCAUCGACAGAAACAUAUAGUUGAACGGCCAUACAAAUGUGAAAAAUGUUGUCUUACAUUUUCUGAUAAGUCUAUUUUAGAAUCACAUGAACGGAGACAUCAAGCUGAGAGACCACAUAAGUGUGAUCGAUGUGGUGCGGCAUUUUUCAGAGAAACCCAUUUACAAAGACAUAUAAAGAGACACACAGGGGAGCUUGUAUAACAGUUAUACUUUGUGAAGGUAGGUACUCUUGUGUAUUAAAGUGGAAGAAAAAAAAAUUCUGAAAUUCAAUUAUAGAUCACAAUGUAAAAUCCACUUUAAGAUGAUUCAUACAACUAAUGGUCAUUCUAUUUUUUGUGUUGUACUUUGCUUUUAUUGAAAUAUCAUAAGAGCCUAGCUAUUAUAUAUGAUUUCAUCUAAUUAUAAAACAUCAAAAUGUAUCUCCAGUUAUGAUCAGUUAUCUCAUUUUUCAUAGUGACAUAUUUAUCAUCAUCAUCAUCUGUUUCUAGUGUGAGGUACCAUUCAUAAAGAUAUUACUACAAUACAGUACUAAUUGAGCUGCCUGGGUUCGCCUUGGUGGAGGGACUGGAGUCAGUGCACAACCAUCCUCCUACUAAAUUUCAGGUCAAUCUUUAAAACUGUAGAAAUGCAUAAGGAAUGAAAUAAAAAAAAAACACACACACACACACACACACACGCACACACUCUUUUCCUUCCUUCAGCCUUCAUUGGGCAAGGACGUGUGUAGUCGGCGCUGCCUGCUGAUGAGGCCAUGGUCUCUUGAACAUGGAGACAUCUGCCAGCCUGGUUUGUCGGGCCUUCCCUUUCCCCAUCUCUUCCUCCCCAUCUGGAUUUAUCAACAUCCUGCCACCAACAGUACAGUGCAAAGAUUGAAGAUCAACCCACAACUGAUAUUACAAAAGUGACUAUUUCAACUCGAAAGGAAGAAACAACUGUUAGAGCGACAAACAGUACUUAGUGGCCAAUGUUGACCUGACACCUUGACCUGACGCACCCAGCCCGCGGUACACUCGCCACCCCCAGCACUGGAUGAGAAGCCAAGAAACACUCCAAACUACACCAGGAGAGAAAUGAGGACUCCCUACUCCACCCAGGUGAGGAACUAUGAAUUCCUAACUACAUCAUAUGAGGAACAAGAACCAUCUCCAACACCCUGUGUGAGCUGGAGGACCUACCCGGACCACGUGGUGCAUCUGCAGCUGUAGUGAGGUAGCGGCUUAACAGCCAGGCUUGGCGCUGACAUCAGGUCACAUGAAUGUCUACAGACCAACUUCCACAGUACCAGAUCUAUAGUUAAUCUAUAUGUUGACUCUAUGUUUCUUAUGUUUUCGUAUUGAAAGCCUUUGUCAAUCAAGUGACCCACUCCCCGAUUUCAACAUAUCAUGUCUGUCCAUUGUAUAUUUACAGCCUUUGGGCUGCCAUGUUAUCUUAAUAAACUGUUAAUUAUUA